CAAAACAAGAACGGCGGCCUGGUACGGAGAGCCAGCGGAUCCCGUUGAUAUCUGCUCGGCACCGUCCCCUACCACAAGCUUUUCGGCGCCGAAAGCUUUACCCACUCGGCCGGUUCGCGGUCACUUCCGGAAGGCCAAGCCCACCUCGAGCAACAGCAAUGGAAAAAAACGCAGAAAAGAUCACCUACGCCUCCGAGUCGGACCGGACCGAAGUGGACCUAACCAUCCGGAUGCCGAGCGACAUGCCCAACGAAAAGACUCCCGCAACAACACCCCCAACCGCCGCCGCGGAUGCCGGUGCCGGCGCCGUUCCAACCGCCGAUGCUGUCGGCCCCGAGCCCCCCGCGCCGGAUGAGGUCCCCGACGGCGGACUGACAGCCUGGCUACAAGUAGUCGGGUCGGCCGCCAUCCUGGUCAACACGUGGGGCGUGAUCAACACGUUCGGCGUAUUCCAGGCCUACUACGAGGCGGAGCUGCUGUCGGGCCACUCGUCGUCGGACAUCUCGUGGAUCGGGUCGACGCAGGCGUCGCUGCUGUUCCUGGUCGGGGUGAUCGCCGGCCCGCUGUACGACGCGGGCUACUUCCGGCAGCUGCUGGUGGCGGGCCUGUUCCUGAUCGUGCUGGGCCAGUUCAUGACGUCGCUGUGCACGGCCUACUGGCAGGUGAUGCUGGCGCAGGGGAUCGCGAUGGGCGUCGGGAUGGGCAUGACCUUUUUGCCGUCGGCCGCCAUCAUGGGCCAGUACUUCUCGCGCCACCGCGCGCUGGCGCUGGGCCUGUCGAGCGCCGGCUCGCCCGUCGCCGGCGUCAUCUUCCCCAUCAUCUUCAGCCGGCUGCAGCCGCGCGUGGGGUUCGGGUGGGCGACGCGGUCGAUCGCCUUCAUCCUGCUGGCCAUGUCGGCCAUCCCCAUCGUCUUCAUGCGCACGCGGGUGCCGCCGACGGCGAAGCGGUCCAUGUUCGACCGCAGCGCUCUGCGCGACGUGCCGUACGUGCUGUUCGUCGUGGCGGGGCUGUUCGCCUUCCUGACGCUGUACGUGACCUUCUUCUACCUCACGCUGUUCGCCAAGUCGCACAAGGUGGUAAGCGACGACUUCGCGCCGUACCUCGUCACGCUGCUCAACGCCGGGUCCAUCCUCGGGCGCGUCAUCCCCAACGCGCUCGCCGACCGCUACGGGUCGCUGAACGUGCUCAUCGUGUGCAUCGUCGCCAGCGCGGUUCUGGCGUUUGGCUGGCUGGGGAUCCGCGACAUCGGCGGCUCCGUGGUGUAUGCGCUGCUGUACGGCGCCUUUUCGGGUGCCGUGGUCAGCCUCACGCCGAGCGUCAUUGUCGGGCUCGCGCCGGAUAUGGGACGCGUGGGGGCCAGGAUGGGCCUAUGCUUUGUUGUUUUCGGCAUCGCGAUCCUCGUGGGCACCCCGAUCGCCGGCGCUAUCCUGGGCAGCACCGACAGUCCACAGUGGCUAGGGACCAUCUUGUAUUCCGCCUUUGGACUUGUCGUGGCUACCGCGUUCUACUGCGCGUCAAGAAUUGUGUUGUAUAAACGGAAAGGGGCUUGGAAGGCGUGAGCCGAGUUUGCAGUCACGUUGCGUUGCGGGCCAUACGAUAUGGAUGUCCCUCCGGCUCCCUUGUUUCCUUGUUUGGGUACGGGCAGAUGGGCAGGCGUUCCGGUGUUUUGAGAUGGUUUUGAGUAAACAGAAUAGAGGACACAUAAUACGACAGUGGUAUUGAGUUCUCCCCGCCGAGAGAUGCUCCUGUCUCCUGUCAGCCCCGACUCGGGAACACAUGGUAACCCAUGAUAACUGCCAAUGGGUCCAGCAU